AUGUCUGCAAAAAUAAUACUGCUGAGCAGUUUAAUCUUCUUAAUAAUAGGUCUCUGCGACUGCAAUGUCAACUCCGAAGAGCCUGAGUGGUGGGAAUCCACCCAGAUCUAUCAGAUAUGGACUAGAGGAUUCAAAGACAGCGACGGAGAUGGCGAAGGCGAUUUACAAGGUAUUUUGAGCGAGCUUGAUUACCUCAAAGAUAUCGGAGUAGAAACUAUUUGCUUGAAUCCGAUAUUUUUAUCUCCGUUAAUUGAUUUUGGUUAUGAUAUUUCCAAUUAUACUGACAUUGAUCCAAUUUACGGAGACUUGGAAGACUUUGAUCAGCUGAUUGAAGAAGCUCACGAGCAAGAUAUAAAAAUAAUAUUAAACAUAGUGCCGAGUCACUCAAGCAUAGAACACGAGUGGUUUGAAGCCUCGGUAAAUCGUAUCGCUCCUUACAGCGAUUAUUACAUCUGGGCGAACGGAAGCGUCGAUGAAAAUGGAACUAGAGUUCCGCCAAACAACUGGGCCAGUGUGUGGAAUUAUACCAAGGGCUCAGCUUGGACCUGGAAUGAGGACAGAGAUCAGUGGUACUAUCAUAAAUUCAAAGACACUGAACCGAAUCUUAAUUUACGCAACAAAGAUGUUGUUGAAGAAAUACUGGAUAUUCUGGACUUUUGGCUAGAUCGAGGUGUGGAUGGUUUCCAAAUCUCAAAAGGCGGGUUCUUUUAUGAGGACCUGGAUCUGGAGGACGAUUCAGACGAGUCUAAUGAAUCAGAUGAUUCAAAUGAGUCAGAUGAGUCUGUGGAUGACUUUGGGGAUGAUGAGUAUGCUAAUUUUCUGUAUAAAAUCCGGGAGUUCACAGACAACUGGACAGAAGAGAACAAUUCAACGUCAAAAUUACUGCUUGUCGAGUCUGAGGAGUCAGAUGCUAAUUUGAUAUCUUACUAUGGUGAUAAUAAUCGCUCGGGAGUUGUACCGUUCAAUUUUCAUCUCAUCACAAAUGUCACCAUUGAUGACGGAGCUGAUGAUAUCAAAAUUUUAAUUGAAAACUGGCUCGAUGAUAUUCCUGAGAAUUCUACAACUAACUGGCCGAUAAGUCAUCCAGACGGUUCAAGAAUAGCGACAAGACAAGGCCAAGAUCGCUUAGAAGCUUGGAUGGUUUUGACGAUGCUUUUGCCCGGACAAGCGUACUCUUACUACGGCGACGAGAUUGGAAUGACAGAUGCAGCAGAGGUGCCUGGAUACCUUAAGACAAUAAAUCCAACUCUAAACAAUCUUGCUGACUUGUCUAAAUACGCUGCCAAGUCUCCAAUGCAAUGGGACAACAGCACUUCUGCCGGAUUCUCGGUUAACGAAACCCUCUACUUUCCCAUUAACGAAGAUUAUGUCACCCGAAACGUUGAGAGUCAACUCGAGGACUCGCUCAGCACUCUAAAUACUUACAAAAGUUUAGCGCAUCUCCGCAAAGACCCGGUUUUCCAUCACGGUAACUUCAGCAUCGAGACUAUCAACAACGAUAAAGUUAUCUUCCUCAAGCGGCACUUGGAAAACCAUCCGGAUUAUUUGGUGCUAAUUAACUUUGGCGCGGAGGAAGAAAUAGUUAACAUUACUUCCCUGGUAUCUGACGAUGAAGACGACGAUGAUGAUGAUGACGAUAAUUUUGUAGUCGUCUUCUCGACUAAUGAAGAAAAUUUAUAUGAAGUAAAUUCAACAGUAGAGACUGUUGUUAUUGAACCCUCUGAUGCUGUUGUAUUGAGAAACUAUAUUAAUGAAACUGAUGCUAAUUCACCUGAAGAUGAUAGUAGCCAAGAGAAUUCUGAUCUGAAACCCACUCCAUAUUCAUUAGGCGUAGGUGUAAUUGAUAGCACUCCAGCAAAUUUAGCCGUAACUACCGAGGAGUUAGAUGACGACGAGGAAGAGACAUUAGAUAUUUCGAGUGAGAUAAUUCCAGAAUCAACUGCAUCUGUCGGAGGAACGGCUCUGAUAAUUAAUCCAAUUAUCACGUUGUUGAGUAUCUGUUGUAUCUUGUUACUAUUUAAAUAA